AAGACUUGAAAGAGAAGGAGACCCCCCGCGCACGUACUGGGUCUAGCUAUACAAGGGUCUGCAUUAUACUUUGCGUUCAAAUCGCGGCGCGGCAAAGCACAGGGCACGGACGACGAAUGGACAGACUAGAUCCACACAAGUCAUGGUGAAAAGAAGCCAGGAAAACUGAACUAUGUUGCAUAGCAUUUGCGGCUCCCUACUCGAAUGUUUUCCUUGGGCGUUUGUGGCAGUGCAAGAUUGCGAACUGAACCACCUGCUUCAUUCUGCAGGGCACCAGAGCUGGCGGACCCCUUAGACUGAAGCUGUAGGAAUCAGCUCACUCAGCCCAACAGAGUCGGUCACAUCUUCAACCUCCAACUGACUUGAAGCAGCAGAUUACCAAGUGGAUUGUCGACGGUCGGGGAGGGGGGUUUGCGCAAGGACGUACAGCCAAUACGCUAUACGCUACGGAAGGACAACAUUGUCGCGGCAUUGGGCUCCUUCCUGCGUGGGCCGCAGCGCUCCCGGCCAGUGACGUAGGGUGGUGAACAAGGAUAGGUCACGAGAAGAGGAGAGAGCUCUACGACCGAAGUACCAUCCGUCACACUGUCUAAACAAUGUAUAGUGCCGUGACCCGGUCAAACGGCAAGGGUGGCGGGAACGAUGGGGGCUCUGAAUCGGGGGAUUCCUGGAACGACUUCUCCCUGGUGGAGUCGGACAAGGAGCAUGCCGACGCGGACCUGCCUCAGCAUCGCCAUGGCAGCACGGUCGCCGCCGUUGCCAUGCCUAGAAGUCAGUCGAAUUCGAGCGGCGGCAUGCCGGGAGGCAGUGUUCACCACACACAGACGGCGGAGCAGCGGGGCCGGCCACAGUACCCAACCGCGUCUUCUGACCUAAGAAGUGAGCCACCAUUGGGCAACACAGCCGUAGGACCAGGGCGGACGUUACCAGCCAGACCCGAGAGACAACGUGUGCCAUCACCGACCGCCUCCUCCGGUCUUCAUGAUGAUGGACCAAGCGGCUACGAGCCCGGUUACCAUCGUCGGCUACCGGACCUGACACAGACACCCGCGAGUCGCGAGAUGAAAGUGUUGACAACGCAGGCCGCUGUCCGGGUGGGUGAGCACGAGCCACGACGGGACCCUGGAGAAAGACGACACAGCCUGUCUGAAACUGGGGAUCCCCCUAACGACUUUAGCAAGGUGGCAGGAAGACAAACACCGCCGCAUUCACCAGCUCAAAAGGCGGCACAGCCAUCCGGACAGGCCUACAGAGCUGGCGGCUAUGCAUCAGCUAGCAGCAGCCUGGAACCAGUGAGCUCCAAGAUCUUUGAUGACGAGGACGAUGGUCAGGGGGAAUUACGCCAGUCACAUCUGCACGCCGGCAGCUCCGGAGCAGGUCGCCAGGUGCAGCGACAUCACAGCACCUCAUCCGACAGAGGCAGGAGACCGCUAGGCCGGGAACAUCAGGAUAGUGAACUUGACCACCAAUCAGCCAUUGACGACGCCAGGGUUGAAGAGCAAGCUCUCAUUCCCAUCCAACCAGGAGACAGGAACGUGGCGUGGGCAUCGCAGAAGAAACGCAGCCACUCUCUGCACCAAGGGCAGGGUCACACUCACAGACACGCAUCGACCCAGCAGCAACAGCAGCAGCAGCACACACAAGCACAACCGAUACAACGCCCUGAUAGCGGCAACCCUCUUGGACCGGUGAGAAUGAUGAGAUAUCCACGUCAAUCGGACACCACCACUCCCAUUCAGCUGAUGGGAGAUUCGAUACCGGAACUCAUCGACGCCAACCGACAUGAAAGCACGCAAUUCCUGUUUGCACACGUCUCGGAUGGGAUGAAGGCCGCAGAGCCGCCAGUGGACAAACCGUAUAUGCUCGGUGUUGCGCAAAGGUCGGAAGCGCUGUUUGUGCGCAUGUGGGGAGAGUUGUUCGCCUUUCUGUCCAUACCGCUGUUGCUGGUGAUGACGUUUAUUAGCCACCUGGUGCAGUUCCUGCUGUCCAGGGCAGUGAAGAGGCCCAUCAUGCUCAUACAGGUAACCAGUGACCACUGCCUGAAGCCUCUUCUGGUUGUACUACACAACGCAGUAGUGCAGCCUAUCCUGGUCUUCGUCUGCAACAUCAUAGCAAACAGCGUGCAGAUGCUGUGGCCCAUUGCGGACUUCACUGCUCAUUUUCUGCACUUACUGACGGAGUUGGUGCGCUCGUUUCGCCUUGUCGAGUAUCACCGUCACAAAGGCAGUGUGGCCAGCACGCAAGACGCUGUGUAGAAGACCCAACUGAGGAGUAAGCCGGGUGAUAAUUGUUGCUGCCUUUUUCUAUAUUUACUAGCUGAGAGAAUGGAAAAGGGGGGGGGGGGGGAACGUUUGAAGAAAAAAGUGACUGUCACCUGUCCCCCCCCCCAGGACUUACACCAGGGACCUUCGCUUGAGGCCAGCGACACUCUAACCACUGACCUAUGGUAUAGCUGUCAUCCCAGCAGAGACCGUUCAAUAUUUUCUUCAGAUUUUUGAUUGUUUAGUUUUUGAUGUGCUUGACUUGAGGUUGCUGGUCCCACGGCAACAAACUCACACACACAAUAAUUCCUUCUUAUGGCGAGUAUUGGAUGCGUGGCAUCGAAUGCAUGCAGUGCAUGUACAGUCAGACCUCGUUUAUCCGGAUCCCUCGCCAUCCGGAAGAAAAUAGUUGGUUACAAAUGUACAGCAUAUGCCAUGCUUACAUACAGUAUGUGUGUUCGAUUAUCCGGUUCCCUCGCCUAUCCGGAUAUUUUUGUGGAAAACGGAUGUGUGCGGUUAUGCGAGGUCUGACUGUACAUGCAUGCA